AUCUACAUUUUGAUAUAUUAUCGCAUGUUUUAAUGAUAACGAAUCGUACCAAUGACAUUAUACACGAAUUACGGACUUGUGAUUAUCAUAUGAAGUAACGGACUUUAGAAAUAUGGCUAAAUUGAUUUUUAUACUUUCUUUUCUUAUACUUUUAACUCACGAAGGUAGGGCUGAUACGGCAUUGGGCUGUGACGAAGGAUGGUAUAACCAAAAUCAAAACUGUUACAUGUUUAGAAACGAUAAGAAGGUCACAUGGUCUGAAGCAGAGGAAGAAUGCAACCGAUAUGACUCAUCUUUGAUAUAUUUCGACAAUAUCAACGAAGUGAACUGGUACAUAAACUAUGUGUCUAGUUAUCCCGCACCAGCCUACUGGACCAGUAUGAAUGAUUUGACCUGGAAAGGACAGAACCAGCCAGGGACCGGGAACUGGAAAUGGGGGAAAUAUUCGCAAGCUAAUACAUCAAUGUUUCAGUGGAAUCAGUCACCAGCCAACGACGGGAUAAAUAAUUGCGGAGGUAUCAACGCCGCCGGAAAAAUGUCUGACGUCGGCUGUACCUCGACACAAGGUUUUAUAUGUAACGUUGAACUAAAUGGCGGUCAGUGUCCGGAUAGCACGUGGACACAGACGCCAACAGAUUGUUACUACGUCAGCAAUACGUCAGAUGUUUCCCAGUUAAUGACGUGGGAUAAAGCACGAGCAAAAUGCGCCAGCUUUGGUUCAAAUAGUCAUCUUUUAACUGUCGAUGAUGCCAAUGAUCAGACUUUCCUACAAAACGCAUUGCCAUAUAUAACGAAGUCAACAUAUCUGUACUGGACAGGACUGAAGUACAAAAACAACGGCUGGCAAUGGUUUAAUGGCGCAACGUUCAACCAAAACUUUUUUCAGUGGGCCAAAGAACCGGACAAUGUUGCUGGAAAGGAGGACUGUGUUGUCAUAAGAUAUAACGGCAAGCUAAGUGACAGAGGAUGCAAUAUGCAACAAAAUUACAUCUGUAAGAAAAGCCAAGACUACAGCGAUAGUACAUUAAACACAGGGUGCAGUAUAUGGACACGGGCGGGUCAGAUGUGCUACAUGUUUUAUACAAAUCCUAAAUCCAGCUGGUCGGAUGCCAAGUCUAUGUGUCAGGACAUGCAGGGCGAUCUUAUCAACGUAAAAGAUCCAGAUACAAUGACAUGGCUGAACGAUCAGAUGUUGGACCCGGUCAACGAUUAUAUGUUCUGGACUGCACUUAAUGACAGAGAUCAGGAAGGAACGUACAAAUGGUCGGACAGCACUGUGGUCGAUACAAACGUUGUAGCCUGGAAUGUUGAACCAAAUAACUAUUUUGGACAAGAAGACUGCGGCAUUCUGAUUCCGUCAAGAUUUGCAUAUAACGACGCAAGCUGUCAGUUUGAGUCAUACCCGUUGUGUGAGGUUGAUAACGUCCAAUCAUGCCCAUCUAAAGGUGGAUCAUGGGUCUCGAGAAAUGCCGACAAAGGAAAUGGAUUGAACUGCUACUUAUUUGGAGACUACUCAAGUUCAAGCGUCCGGAGGUCACAACCGGAAGCACUCCAAUACUGUCAAAGUCUUGCAGACUCCGGAAAUAAAGUUCCACAACUGUUGGUUGUUGAUACAGCCGCAGAAAAGCAAUUUUUAAAGGGACAGAUUUCAAAAUAUGCCGACAAUGUUCUAGGAUUUUGGACAAUGUUGAGCGAUGCUGCGGAGGAAGGUUACUGGACAUGGGGUGGCACGGCUCUUGUUGAUCCGACUCUCAUUGACUGGGACAAGGAGCCCAGCAGCGUAACGUCAACCACAGACUGUGCUAGUGUAGGAUACAACGCCUACUUCUUUAUGCAAGAGUGUUCUAGAAAACUUGGCUUCAUUUGUGGCAGAAAAGCUUUUCAACCAUGGACCUCUGGGGCUUCGUCAACGAUGUUCUCACCAUCAUAUCAAAUCAUUUCCGUUUUAGUCGGUAUAACAUUGGUUAGACGGUAUGUGUGAAAAGACGGACAUAUUCUUCAAAGGACACUUUUUGUGAUUUUUAUUUCUGAUGAUCUACCGAUUGUGCAAUAUGUGUCGUACAAAUUCGAUACGGGCAGGAAAUAUAGACAAUACAGUUAUGUGAUUUUGAAUAGUUCAGGCAUGGAGAUCAAGUUUAUGUGAAUAUCUACUUUUAAUAAAAAUUAUUAAAGACUCA